AUGCAGCGAUUAAGGAGUUCUGUGUUUUCGGUGCCCAACCUUAAGAAAAAGUAUCUCAAUUCACGGGCUGCCAUUCAAGACACUUUUUUUUCCACCAAGGAUACGUUUGAGAGACAUCGCGUGGUCUUCACUGUUGGAACUUCCAUUGCUUCCGUUGCCACUGCUUGGUUCGGUUACACCUUGCGCCAUUUACAUGACACCAAAGUAGAUCAAAGACUGCAGUCCAUUGAAAAUGCUGUGAAAAGCAAUUCCAAUAUCCAACAUACCGAAAUCAGAGACAUUGUCGCGGGUUCCGGAGGUUUUAGCAUUCCUGCUUGUGUCGCUACUGCUGGAACCUCCUUGGUUAUCGGGUAUGCCUUGGGAUGGAAAGGUGGAAGCUGGUAUGCAGCUAAGAAGUUCAGAAAGGAGCAAAUGAAAUUGCUAGGACAGAUUACACCUAGAAGAUGGCAAUUUCUUGGGAAGAUAAAAGCUAAAGGGUUGCAAUUCCAAUUCCUUAGAAGGAACCUUACAAGAUCCAAAGUGACUGAUACUGCGGUGCAAACAUCUGAAUCAAUUAAGCCUUCUGGUGUAGUUAUCCAAUGCCUUAUUUGGAGGCAAGGCCUGGUUUGCUUUGUGGUACAGAACAUAGAGGAACAGAACAUGGCCAACACACCACUCUCAACAAUCCUUGUGAUUCUCUUCUGGGGUUUAACUCUUGCAGCUGGAAGAAAACUUUCACCACUUAGCACUACACCCACAACAUUGUCCUCAGCCCCCACUGAUGGUAUUUGCUCAUCCAUGGUGAAGACACAAGGCUAUACUUGUGAAGAACACGUGGUGACAACACAAGAUGGCUAUAUUCUUAACUUGCCAAGAAUUAGAGUGGGAGAAUCAAGGGGGCCACCUGUUCUUCUGCAGCAUGGGCUUUUCAUGGAUGGCAUUACAUGGUUAUUACUACCUUCAAAGCAGUCUCUGGCAUUUCUUUUGGCGGAUAAUGGCUUUGAUGUUUGGGUUGCUAACACACGUGGAACCAAAUAUAGCCGGCAACAUACAACUUUAGCUACGAAUAGCUCGGAUUAUUGGAAUUGGUCAUGGGAUGAAUUAGUUGCAUAUGAUCUUCCAGCCACAUUCAAGUAUGUGCAUGAUCUAGCUGGACAAAAGUUGCACUAUGUUGGUCACUCGCAGGGAACUUUGAUUGCAUUGGCUGCUUUUUCCCAAGAUCAGUUACUGAACAUGUUGAGAUCAGCCGCCUUGCUUAGUCCAAUUGCUUAUGUUGGUCAGAUGACUUCACCCCUAGCUAAAAAUGCAGCUGACAACUUCAUUGCGGAGUCACUUUACAAUUUUGGAAUCUUUGAAUUUAAUAUGAGAGGGGUCUCUGUUAUAAAGUUUCUAAAGGACUUGUGCAAUAACACAGGCAUUGACUGCACCAACUUGUUGACCUCUUUCACAGGUCCAAACUGCUGCCUGAACCCAUCCAUUGUAAAUAUUUUUUUGGAUCAUGAGCCUCAGUCAACAGCAACAAAGAACAUGAUUCAUCUAUCUCAGAUGAUCAGAGGAGGAACCACUUCAAUGUUCGAUUACCAGAAUCAAGAUGAGAACAUAAAACACUAUGGACAACCCACUCCUCCAGCAUAUGACAUGACAAGACUUCCAAAUGACCUUCCUCUCUUCCUGAGUUAUGGAGGAGCUGAUGCUCUUUCUGAUGUUAAGGAUGUGCAACGUCUAUUGGAAAUUCUCAAAGAUCAUGACGCAGAUAAGCUUGUAGUGCAGUACAGAAAUGAUUAUGCACAUGCAGAUUAUGUUAUGGGUGAAAAUGCUUAUCGAGAUGUCUAUCAACCUCUUAUAUCUUUCUUUAGGCUUCAGUGA